UUGUCAAUUUACAUCCAACGCAAUAGGAAGCCAGCAGUCCUGAACAUGAUACUUCUGUCCUCCAUAUCGUACCGCUCUUGAUUCUGUAGUAAUUCUCUGACUAAGUUUGUUCCUCUUCGUACACACGAAGUCUGUCAGUUUGGUUGUGCAUUGAUUGUAGUCUGAUGAAUUGUCUGCAGUGUAGAGUCUUGUCUCCAGUGUAAGGUAUUGUGAUUGAACGAAUAGUAUGCACUAAACUUUUUCACCGAAAAAAACAAAAAAACAAACAAAUAGAUACUGGAAUAGCAACGAUGCACACAUACGCAUCGGGUUACUGAUUUGCACUGAUAAUACUUGUCGAUUCUAAGAUCUAGUUGAUGCGUUAGCCUAUUUGAGAUUGAUUUAAAAGCCGAUAUUUAUUGAUUUGAUAGGUCUGUGGAUACUAGAAACAUCCAAGUAUUUGAUUAUCGUUUAAAGUUAGCUAGAAGAAGCAAGUAAUUGAAAUCUCGGGAGUGAGCUUCGCUACGUAGACGACAUUCUCAGUAUCGAUUGAGCGAACGUGGAAGUGGGAUUGCAUAAACUCAACGUACUAUGACGGUUGAUCUGCAUUACUACGCGCGGAACGAAGGCACCUCAGAUAUUCAAGACAUGAGGGGCGAGUUCCAACUGAAUCGCAACGUCAAGAAGGAAAUGCGGUUUUCUUCGACUAUUCAACACAGUUCCGACUUUCCACCGACACUCCUGGAUGCCCGGAGAGCGAUGGCAGAACCUGGCGAUUUGAGUUACUUUGGCUUGUCACCAAAGAAGUCCCGCGCUAAAGAAAGCUCCAAGUACUUCGGGGUCCGGUUUAGGCCCGACCUCCAGAAGUGGGUCGCCGAAAUUCGUGUUGCGGAAUGGAAGUCCGUCGACAAAAAAGUGUGGCUGGGAACCUUCGACAGUGAAGAGGGUGCCGCUCGAGCAGUAGAUGCCGCCAGGAAGCUCCUCAAGUGCAAGAAGAAACGAGGGUUCAAUAUUCCUAGUGCUGAGCUGGAUGCGUACUCGGAGAAGAUACCAUCCAAUUUAAAAUUAACAAACCUGUUGGACGACUCCAUGUUCAAAGAAGUCACCCUCUUUGUCAAAAAGAGAGCCCAAGAGUACGCCUCAAGUUUCACUUCUGGCCAGGUCUUUACCAGCUCGGAUUACCAGGUGCAGCCGGAUCUGAGCUACUUCGACGUAAAUCUGUUGCAGCGUAUUGGCGAUCCGUUGCAGGAGGAGGUGUCAUGUUUGGCUUCCCAAUCCUCAGCACUGCAUGGGUUGGAGCUUUACAACGACCAGACAUGCGCGGUUAUCGCAGCCUCUUACCCAUGUAGCUGCUUCUCAUCAUUAAAUAAUUUUAGUCCUCCGUCGUGUGUCUCAGAUGGCCGCUGCUCCUCCUUGGAUGCAUCCAACGAGGCUCAAGAGAACUUGCUCCAAGCAUACGAAGAUGCUUGUUACCGUCGAGGUGCUGGUGGUUCCGAUUGGCAGAAUUUUGGUUCAUAUUCGUCUCCGAACUCAAACGUCGAGUCGCAGCAUGAGACUGAUACAACAUAUGAUCAUGUACUGCUGGAGGAGCAGGGACUUGGUUGCAGUGGAAAUAUGAGAAAUGCAGGUCAUUCUUCAGAUUUUUGGGAUGUGAUCGACGAGUGCAUGUUCGACAAUCAAGUCCACUGGGGUCGUCAUCACUCAGCCAUGGAUCUGACUACGGGUGAUGAGAUGCAGCCUUGUGUUGACAUCCCGAUGCCGAAUGUGAUCCUCUCACCUCAAUACCAAUUCACGACCAGCAAUGUUAAUACAAGUACAGACUCCCAGUUCAACAACUCUCAAACUACUGUAAGCCAUGCUCUUUUGAACUCCACGGAGUUCUCACAGGCAGUCUGCUAGAAUGUAAUAAAAAUCCACAACCGUCGGUUUCACUAGCUCACUGUGGUUGAAAACAACGACCAUGGUUUGUGAAAAAAUCGAAGCGCACUACUGCAUGUAUCAUACUCAUUCUACAAUAAGGU